AUGGUUUGCGCCGUUCCGCGCGGCACGUGGGCGCAGGUGGAGCUUGCGGUGGCGGAGCCUCCGCACCAUCCGCUGCGCGUGCGCGGAGUGAACGAUCUCCCCUCUCAUUAUAAUCACAACCUUCAGUGGAACGUCGGCUUCCUCCCGCAAACUUGCUGCUGCUUCGAGAUAGACCAACUCGACGGUACUACAAGUAACGCUACUAGUAGUAGUACUAUCAGUGCUGAUAGCGACGGUGACGGCGGCUUCUUCACACCGCGCUCGCUAAGUGCGGCGGGAACGGCGGAAAAGCUUCGCUCGUUUAGCGGAACCGUUACGGGCGGAGGCGAACACGGUCCCCUGGAGGUGGUGGAUAUUGGGGGAGCGCGGGCGGAAGUGGGGCAGGUGUAUCUGGUGAAGGCUCUUUUGGCGUUUCUGGUGGUUAGCCCGAACCUCCAUACGCACUGGACUGUGAUUGCAACGAGCGACGUUAGCGAUGAUGCCGACGAUGGCGACGAUUGCAUGGCGACGCGUCUGGAGGAGAUUCGCGAGUGGCUCAAGUUUCGAGGAUGCUUGUCGCCGCUGGACCUCCCUUGCUCCAUUUCCUUACGGGAGAAACCUGUGCCUCUCAGCCGUACGAUCUCCGUGAUCAACGGCGCACAUGCCGCCUGGAAAGACGCCCAUGGGUAUGCUUUCAUGCCACCUCAGCAGCAGCAGCAGUCAGCUGACCAAAACCAGCAAGAUGAAAUGCUUCUAAGCCAGCUGCGGGAAUCGGUGGACUGCACACGUGGCGGCUCUGUGGAGUGCCACGUGGCAGGCAGCAGUGUGGUCUGCGUCCCACUUUCCGAGCCACGCGGGGCACAAGAGAUUGUUAGAAAAGCGUCUGGGACAUUGAUGCCUGGCGCUGCUGCUGCUGCAUUGGCUGCUGCUGGUUUGAGUGAGGAGGGAGGAGUAGGAGGAGGAGGAGGAGGAGGAGGAGGAGGAGGAGGAGGAGGAGGAGGAGGAGGAGGAGGAGGAGGAGGAGGGAAGAAGGGAGGAGGGAAGAAGGGAGGAGAAGGGAAGAAGGGAGGAGGGAAGAAGGGAGGAGAAGGGAAGAAGGGAAAAGCUAAGGGAAGCAAACCAUCUCGUGUUGAUCACACUCGAUCCUCAUCCUCCCCUGUAUGGCUAGAGACGGCGUUUGAUGGGUCAGGAUCGCCACAAAACGUUAACGUCUCCUGCUUCCCUCCCCUCUCCUCCCCCUUCUCCUCUCCCUUCUCCUCUCCCUUCACCUCCCCUUUCGCCUCCCCUCGCGCCUCCCCUCCCGGCUCCCCUCGCCCCUACGCUCUCCACCGUUCCCCUCGCUUUCGACAAAAACACCCCUUCCCUCCAUCCUCUCCCACUGCCGAGGCCAACAGCAGCAGCUCCGUUAUUAGCGCACUCAAUAGCGGCACUGCAAGCAUCGACAUGGCUGCUCGGAGUAUGACUGUUGAUGGGAGGUCCUAUCUGGAACAGGAGCGUACAGGAGGAAGGGGAGAGAGUGGGGAGGGAGGAGGGGGGGAGAGCGACCAGGAUUGCUCGCAGCGCGACUGGCAACAGGCAUCUGACCGUCCAUCUGAAACUGCAAAGUCAACGUUGCAUCCCAGCCGCUCGUUGCCUGCUCUUGCUCCUUCCAUUUUUACCAUUGGCUCUUCCCCCCUUUCUGCCGCUCUUCCUCCUCCUCCUGCUGCUGCAGCAGCUACUGCUGCUGGUGCUGCUGCUGGUGCUGCAGCUGGUGGUGCUGCUGCUGUUGCUGGUGCUGCUGCUGAAGAUGAGGAUGCUGCCAUGAUACCAGAGCCAAACAGACGACACACCACCGGGAAGCUUUCUAUCGAGGAUGAAAGGGGUGAGGAGGAAGGGAGUGAAAUGGAGUUGGUGAGUCCGGAUUCGAACUGGUUCAGUGCCGGGAGAAAGCAUGGAAGAGAGGAGGGGAGAGAGGAGGGGAGAGAGGAGGGAAGAGAGGGGGGAAGAGAGGAGGGGAGAGAGGAGGGGAGAGAGGAGGAUGAGGAGGAGGAGGAAGAGGAUGGGGAGGAGGAUGAGGAGGAGGAGGAGGAGGAGGAGGAGGAGGAGGAGGAGGAGGAGGAGGAGGAGGAGGAGGAGGAGGAGGAGGAGGAGGAGGAGGAAGAGGAUGGGGAGGAGGAUGGGGAGAAGGAGGAGGAAGGGGAGGAUGAGGAGGAGGAUGGGGAGGAGGAUGAGGGUGAGGAGGAUGAGGAAUAUGCUGAUGGGGAUGAGUUGACUCCAAUGACCUCGCCUGUAGCAACUACUGUGGCCCUUUCCCGCUCUCCUGUGCUUAGUCGGAGGAAGAACGAAGAGGAGGAGGAGGAGGAGGAGGAGGAGGAGGAGGAGGAGGAGGAGGAGGAGGAGGAGGAGGAGGAGGAGGAGGAGGAGGAGGAGGAGGAGGAAGAGGUGGAGGAAGAGGAGGAAGACGAGGAGUUUACUGCAGCCCCUAGUCCUAUGGCGCUGUCCCCCUCCUCAUCAUCAUCCCCCUCUGGCUACCCUGUCUCCAUGUCCCCACCACCUCGCUCCCCUAAAGUGUCCAGAUUCAACGCACCUGGACAGAAGAAGAGGGGCAAAAAGGGAGGCGGAGCAGAGGGGCCAGAGAUGGGUGUAGGGUUUCCCAUCCGAAGGGGAAAAACUGGGGCUUCUGGAGCUUCUGCUGCUGGUGUCUCAGGUGGUUUUUCAGGUGGUUUUUCACAUGGUGGGGUUUCAGCAGGUGAGCCUUCAGGUGGUGGGACCGGUGGGAAGCCAAUGCACAGACAGUGCAAAUCGUUUUCUGGCUUUGACUUUGGACAGACGCUUCUUGAGGAUCGGCCGAAAGAGUCCAGGUUCAAUGCACCUGGGCAGGAAGCGGGAGGGAGGACUGAUGGUGGGGGGAAUUCGGGGCAAAAGGGGGCAGUACAGCAAAAGGGGGAGGGAGUGCAGGCCGACAAAGCUCGGCGUGCCAUCCCAAAGGCAAACACAGGGGGUUCUGUUGCUGCUGCUGCUGCUGCCGCCGCCGCCGCUGCUGCUGCUGCUCGGGCUUCAGGUGGUGGGAGUUUAGCAGGUAAAAGUUCAGGUGGGGGGGUCGCUGGUAGCCUCAGGCACAGGAAGUGCCAGUCGUUUUUUGAUUCGACUCAGGAGUUGAAUCUUGAGCCGACUCAAAAGUCAGGUGGGGGGAAUGUAGCAGGUGAUAAUUCAGGUGGGGCGGCUGCUAGUAGCCUCAGGCACAGGAAGUGCCAGUCGUUUUCCGGCGUUGACUUUGGCUUGAUUGCACCUGGGCAGGAAGCAGGAGGGAAGACUGGCGGCGGGGAGAAUUCAGGGCGGAACAGGGCAGUGCAGCAAAAGGGGGCGGGACGAGAAGAGGGAGUGGGGGCCGGCAAAGCACGGCGUGCCAUCCCGAAGGCAAACACUGGGGGUUCUGUGGCUGCUGCUUAUCCUACUGCCGCCGCUGCCGCCGCCGCCGCUGCUGCUGCUGCUGCUUCUGCUGUUGCUGCCUCUUCUAGCCCCAAGCACAGGAAGUGCCAGUCGUUUUCCAGCUUUGACUUUGGCUUGUUUUCACCUGGACAGACGGGUUUCGAGGCACAGCCACAAGAGUCCAGGUUCAUUGUACCUGGACAGAGGAUGCCCAAGGUGCAACACAAAGAGGCCAGGUUCUACGCACCUGGACAGGAAGAGAGGAGGAGGACGGGUGGGGGGCCCAAGGAUGGGUAUGAAGGGGCAGUAGAGCAAAAGGGCACGGGACGAGACGUGGGAGGGAAGACUGGUGGUGGGGAGAACUUGGGGCGAAACAGGGCAGUACAGCAAAAGGGCGUGGGUCGAGACGUGGGAGCAUGGGUCCAACAAGCACGGCUUGCCACCCCAAGGGGAAACACCGAGGUUUUAGUAGCCACUCAUACUGCUCAUACGGCUGCUGCCGCUGCUGCUGCUGUUGCUGCUGCUGUUAGUCGUGGUGGUGGUGGUAGGGUUUCAGGUGAUGGGAUUUCAGCAGGUGAAAAUUCAGGUGGGAGGAGUACUGUUAGGCCAGGACACAGGCAAUGCCUGUCGUUUUCUGGCUUUGAGUCUGACUUGGGUCAGUGGGAUAUGGCUAUUGCGGCGCCUCAAACGUCUGUUUUUGAGUCUGACUUGGGUCGGUGGGAUAUGGGGAACGGCAGGGAGGGAGGGAGAGGAGCGGGGAUAGCGAGCAGAGUAGAGAGUUUGACUGAGUGGGAUAUGGGGGACGGGAGGGAGGAAGGGAGAGGAGGGGAUAUAGCGAGCAGAGGGCGUAGAGAGGAGGGCUUGAGUGUGUGGGAAAUAGAAGACGGGAGGGAGGGAGGGAGAGGAGGGAGAGGAAUGGGGAUAGUGGGUAGAGUGGAGAGCUUAUGUGAGUGGGAUGUAGGGGACGGGAGGGAGGGAGGGAGAGGAGGGGGGAUAGUGAGCACGGGGCAUAGAGAGGAGAGCUUGAGUGUGUGGGAGAGGAGGAAUGGGGGGGGGAGAGGGGAGGGAGGGGAGGGAGGGAGUUUGUCACCUAGAGUAGUGUCGCUUGGGACCAGGGCGAAGGGAAGAGGAGGAGAGAGAGAGGCAAAUGGAGGUGGGAGGAGGGGAGGGAGAGGAGGGGAAGGAGGAGAAGAGGGAGGGUUACUGACGUCACCGGCAGUGACGUUUGAUUCUUCUGGGGUGAAAGGAGGAGAAGGAGAGAAAAAUAUGGAUGGGGGAGGGAGAGGAGGAGAUGGAGGUUCACGGGAGAAGGAGGGGAAAGGGAGAGGGCAUGAAGGGAAGGGAAGGAAGGGAGGAGAGGGUGAUGGAGAGAUGGCAUGGAUAGAAGAGAUGAGGCGAGUGGCAGUAGGUGGCGGAGGCAGCAGCAGCAGAGGCACAGGCGUUGGUGGGGCUGGCACAGGCGUUGGUGGGGUUGGCACAGGCGUUGGUGGGAGGAGGAGAGGUGUGAGCAUGGAUAUGGGCGCUGUUUGGAGUUUGGAAAGGGCUUCGGGAGGAGAUAGCUUGAGAGAGGAAAUGGCAGGAGGGGGAGCAGCAGCAAGGGAAAUGGCAGGAGGGGGAGCAGCAGCAAGGGAAAUGGCAGGAGGGGGAGCAGCAGCAAGGGAAAUGGCAGGAGGGGGAGCAGCAGCAAGGGAAAUGGCAGGAGGGGGGGCAGCAGCAAUGGAAAUGGCAGGAGGGGGGGCAGCAGGAGGAGACACAGGGGUUCCCAAGUCCCCUCGAGGCGUGGGCAGGAAAGGCAUCAUGCCUUUUACUCCCCCCAGUGACGACAUUCUGAGCACCCUCUUUAAAUCUCCAAGCAUCUCAGCCCCUAGCCCUAGAGGAGGAGGAGGGGGGGCAGGAGAAGCAGCAAAAGGAGGGGCAGGGGAAGCAGCAAGAGGAGGAGGGGCAGCAGGAGGAGACACAGGCGUUCCCAAGUCACCACGAGGCGUGGGCAGGAAAGGCAUCAUGCCUUUUACUCCCCCCAGUGACGACAUUCUGAGCACCCUCUUUAAAUCUCCAAGCAUCUCUGCCCCUAGCCCUAGAGGAGGAGAGGGGGGGGCAGGGGGAGCAGCACGAGGAGGAGGGGCAGCAGGAGGAGACACAGGGGUACUCAAGUCACCUCGUGGGGUGGGCAGCAGGGACAACGCAGGUUGGACCCUCGCUCAAGGAGGGGAGGCAACUGGAGGAGACACAGACGUACCCAAGUCGCCUCGAGGGGUGGGCAGCAGGGACAACGCAGCUUGGACCGCCCUCGCUCACGGCCUUCGCAGCAAAAGCUUCAACUACGGAAAAACAGGCAUUGUAUUUUCAGCAGGAGAGGAAGGAGGAGGGGGAGGCGGAGGGGGAGGCGGGGGGGAAACAGGGCCCCCCAAGUCGGCUUUUGAGUCGACUCAAAAGCCCCCCAAGUCGCCAAGAGGGGGAGGAGGGGGAGGGGGAGGGGGAGGGGGAGGGGGAGGGGGAGGGGGAGGGGGAGGGGGAGGAGGAGGCGGAGGAGGAGGAGGAGGCGGAGGAGGAGGCGGGGAAACAGGGCCCCCCAAGUCGCCAAGAGGGGGAGAGAGGAGGGACGUUGUAACCUCAACCCCCCCCACUCACGGCCUUCGUAGCAAAAGCUUCAACUAUGGAAAAACAAGCAUUGCAAUUUCAGCAGGAGGUGAAGGAGGAGGGGGAGGAGGAGGGGGAGGAGGAUGGGGAGGAGGAGGGGGAGGAGGAUGGGGAGGAGGAGGGGAAACAGGGGCCCCCAAGUCGCCAAGAGGAGGGGGGAGGAGGGACAGCGUAACUUGGACCCCCCCAACUCAAGAAGCAGAAAGAGGCGGAGGAGGAGCAGCAGGAGGGGACACAGGGGUUCCCAAGUCGCCUCGAGGGACGAGCAGGAGGGACAGCAUAACUUGGACCCCCCCAACUCCAGGCCUCCUCAGCAAAAGCUUCAGCGCCGCAAGUCCAACUAUUAAAGCCAGUUAUGAGACUUAUCAAAGCUUCAGCACGGCAAGUCCAAGCUUCAAAGCCAUGACUGUAGUGGGAGGGGGGGGGGCCAUUAAAAAAGCUGCAGCAGGGGGGGCAGUAGGGGGAACAGCAGAGGGAGCAGCAGGGGGAGCAGCAGGGGAAGCAGCAGGGAAACCACCAAGGGGAGGGGGGGCAGCAGGAGGGGGCACAGGGGUUCCCAAGUCUCCUCGAGGGAUGCCUAGUUUGCUCAACAAAAGCUUCAGUGCGGCAAGUCCAACCAUCAAAGCCAGUUAUGAGACUUAUCAAAGCUUCGGCGCGGCAAGUCCAAGCUUCAAAGCCAUGACUGUAGUGGGAGGAGGGGGGGCCAUUAAAAAAGCUGCAGCAGGGGGGGCAGUAGGGGGAACAGCAGAGGGAGCAGCAGGGGGAGCAGCAGAGGGAGCAGCAGGGAGAGCAGCAGGGGGAGCAGGAGCGGGAGCAGCAGGGGAAGCAGCAGGGAAACCACCAAGGGGAGGGGGGGCAGCAGAAGGGGACACAGGGGUUCCCAAGUCUCCUCGAGGGGUGCCUAGUCUCCUCAGUAAAAGCUUCAGCGCCGCAAGUCCAACCAUCAAAGCCAGUUUUGAGACGUAUCAAAGCUGUAACGCCGCAAGUCAAAGCAUCAAAGCCAUGACGGUAGUGGGAGGAGUGGGAGCCAUUAGAAAAGUAGCAGCAGAGGGAGCAGCAGGGGGAGAAGCGGGGGGAGCAGCAGGGGGAGCAGCAGGGGGAGCAGCAGGGGGAGAAGCAGGGGGAGAAGCAGGGGGAGCAGCAGGGGGAGCAGCAGAGGGAGCAGCAGGGGGAGAAGCAGGGGGAGCAGCAGGGGGAGCAGCAGAGGGAGCAACAGGAGAAGCAGCAAGGGCAGGGAGGGCAGCAGGAGGGGACGCAGGGGUCCCCAAGUCUCCUCGACGGGCGCCUGUGAGGGCAGGCGGACUGAAAAAGGCCGCAGCAACGGCAAUGACUCAAGCUCAGGACGCUGCGUCUGCUUAUGCCCCUGCUGCAGGAGGGGACACAGAAGUCUCCAAGUCUCCUCGACGGGUGCCUGUGAAGGCAGGCGGACAGAGAGAGGCUGCUGCUAAGGCAAUGGCGAGACUCAACGCGGGGAUGCGAGCAGCAGGAGGGGACACAGAUGUACCCAAGUCUCCGCGAGAGGCUGCUGCAAGGGCAAUGGCUCAAGCUCAGUCCGCUGCAUCUGCUUGUGCCGCUGCAGCAGGAGAAGCAGCAAGGGGAGGGGCGGCAGCAGGAGGGGACACAGAAGUCCCCAACCCGGUAGGUUCGGGUGCUCACACUCCUGCAGGUUCGGCUAUUCACACGCAUGCAGGUUCGGCCGCUCACACUCCUGCAGGUUCGGCUGCUCACACUCCUGCUGCAUCUGAUGAUGAUAGCAGCCCUCGCCCGCAGAUUCCUGCGAGUCUUGGCCGAUUGGGAGAGCAGCAGCAGCAGCAGCAGCAGCAGCAGCAGCAGCAGCAGCUGGGGGAGCAGGGGCAGCGGAGAAUAGGAGGAGGAAAUCAGACGGGGCUGGGUCCCGGAGGGCUGCCAUCGGGAGUGAGAAGGCGGGCGAGAAUGGCCCGGCCGAACCUGGAGAGCGUGCAGGCAUCGUGGGUGCAUGAUGACCCCGAGGACAAUCCUGAGUAUGCCGGCUGGGGGGCGACUCCCAAGGGAGGGAAGGCAGCAGGAGCAGGAGGCAGCAGCAGGCGUAGCAGCAGCAGGUUUUAA